GUCAAAUUGGAUUAGCUGCAAGUUCUGACGCCAAGGUGAACGCAAAACGUGCAAUCCGCCUCAGUCUUGCAUCAUGUCCCAACCCAUGAAUGACUGAGGGGACAGAGCCGAGUACAAGCAGCAGCAGCAGCAGCAGCAGCGGCAACCGGCGCUCCAUGCAGCCAGCAGCAAAGAUCUUUGGCCAGCAGGUCGUGUACAAUUGUAGAUUGUCCAGCCGGCGCCGGACAAAGGCAACAGCAACAGCGGCAGCGACACCGCGACUGGGAGCAGCUGCUGUGAGGCUGAAUUGAAGACAUCAUGUCUAAUUUAAAGAAGAGAGGCUCGGGUUCGGGCUUGGUGCGGGAGCAAGGGGAGGACGAGGGGCAGGUGAAUGAGAGGAUGCUGGAGGCGACUGUGAACGGGGAGCCGGGCGUGUGCCGGGGGCAGGACAGCCCGCUAGCAGCGGGGGCCGAGCAGCCGCCCGACGUGGCCCUGAAGCGGACCAUCACACUGACUAACGGCGUGGCCAUUAUCGUGGGGACCAUCAUCGGCUCGGGCAUCUUCAUCACUCCCACCGGGGUGGUGCGGGAAGCGGGCUCUGUCGGCUUCUCCCUCAUCAUCUGGUCCAUGUGCGGCAUCUUCUCCACUAUCGGCGCGCUGUGUUACGCCGAGCUGGGCACCACCAUCAUGAAGUCCGGGGGCGACUACGCGUACAUCCUGGAGGUGUACGGUUCCCUCGUGGCUUUCCUCAAACUCUGGAUCGAGCUGCUCAUCAUCCGGCCCAGCUCGCAGUACAUCGUGGCGCUGGUCUUCGCCACUUAUAUCAUCAAACCCGCCUUCCCCUCCUGCCCAGUGCCCGAAGAUGGAGCCAAACUGGUGGCAUGUAUGUGUAUCUUGUUUCUGACGGCAGUGAACUGCUACAGUGUAAAAGCAGCCACAAGAGUGCAAGAUAUCUUUGCCGCUGCAAAGUUGCUGGCAUUAUUCAUCAUCAUUAUUCUGGGCUUUGUGCAGAUUUGUAAAGGUGAUACUCCUUAUUUGGAACCGAAACGAGCCUUCGAAGGAACGACAACAGAUGUGGGGAAAGCUGUUUUGGCCGUGUACAGUGGCCUCUUCGCAUUUGGUGGCUGGAAUUACCUGAAUUUUGUCACAGAAGAAAUGAUUGAGCCAUAUAGGAAUCUGCCUCGCGCUAUUAUGAUCUCCAUGCCAGUUGUGACAGUUGUGUAUGUGUUGACCAAUCUGGCAUAUUUCACAACCCUGUCUCCUGAAACGAUGCUGCAUUCAGAAGCAGUGGCUGUGGACUUUGGUAAUAUCCAUCUGGGAGUAAUGUCCUGGAUUGUCCCAGUAUUUGUAGGGCUCUCCUGUUUCGGUUCUGUCAAUGGAUCGCUCUUCACUUCAUCAAGAUUGUUCUUUGUGGGAGCCAGGGAGGGCCACUUGCCCAAUCUUCUUUCAAUGAUUCACCCAAAACACUAUACGCCUGUACCAUCGUUAGUCUUCACUUGCGCAAUGACUUUGUUGUAUGCAUUCUCUGUCGACAUAUACUCUGUCAUUAACUUCUUCAGUUUCUUCAACUGGCUGUGCAUAGCACUAGCUAUUAUUGGGAUGAUGUGGCUGCGUUACAAGAGACCAGAAAUGGAACGGCCAAUAAAGUUUAACAUCAUUCUCCCGAUCACUUUUGUGCUGGCCUGUGUUUUUUUGAUUGUUGUAUCCAUAUGGAUGACACCUGUGGAAUGCUCCAUUGGUUUUGCCAUUGUCCUGUCUGGAAUUCCCGUCUAUUAUAUAGGAGUUCACUGGAAAAACAAACCUACGUGGCUCGUGAAUGCAACCAAUUCCAUUACGAUCUUCAGUCAAAAGGUUUUGGAAGUGGUACCUCAAUCUUCACAAUAAGAAAAUUAAGUUGCUGAAGAAAUACGCACAAAGAAUUAAGGAAAGGAGGCAUUGUUACAUGGUCCAAAGUCUUUAGUUCCCUUGGAAUUAUUUGUUUACCUUCAGGAUGAAGAUUGGUCAAUCAUCUCAAAAUUUGUUGAGAAUUCUUCAUUCGAUCUUUUUAUUAGAAAGCGACCCAGUUGUCUAAUAUUUCACCUGAGUGAUUUAAAGUUUUUACAUAUGCUCAAGUAGGUUUCUCAUGUUAGUUCAAUGGUAAUGCUUGCUGCUCUGUUUGCCUUAUCUUACAUUUGUUAAUGAAUGCAAUUCUGAAAACCGUGUGCCUGCUAUACUUACAUGUAAAUGGGACUAAAAUCUAAAAAUGACAUGAGAAA